UGAUCAGGAACGCAUCUUGCUUGGUGUUCAGAGACGGUAUAAAACAAAGACGGUAAAAGUAGAAAAGACUCUGGUUCGUUACUCCGUACAAUACAUGAGGGCUCUUGCGUCGACUUGUGCCCGCAGCAAAAAAUAAUUUUUGAAACUGAAGACCUGAAGAUCGUGGUGGAGACGCCACCCCAAAGUAACCAGAUAACAAAAAGACUUCCUCCAGAGGGCUUUAUAUAGCCUAGCUGAUUACAUACCAGUGAAAAAAAAAGUCGACUUGUGUUUACAUCUAACAGCUGAUGCAAAGGUGGGAGUGGACAUACUGGUGUACCUAAGGAAAUAGAGAGUCACCAACAAUUGCUGUACUGUCAGUUUGUAGAGGACAAUAAUAGUGUUGGCAAGACAUGGAGAAUGUGAAGUUCUGUGAGGCAUCCCCAUAUCAAGUGCAGGAGGCGUGGCAGAUCGGGCUGCUGACGGGCCUAGGGGUGUACGGUGUGCUGUAUGGCUUAGGCCUGAUCCUCACCAACGUUCAUGUGCUCAUGCCAAUCUCCUACUGCUGUCAUGCUCAUCUGGCUCGGCUGGUGCCAGCAUUCACUUUGGUGGGUGCUGUGGCCUUCCUGGCAGAUGCCCAUAAAGAGCGACAUGGCCUGGUGACUUGUGACCCCUGGAGUGGCUUGCAAUGGGUGACCUUUUUGGUGAACCUGUGUUUCAUGGUGCGCCUUGGGAUAAACUUUUGUGUCACUUACCAGCCCCAGCUGAUGGCCACAGUGGUGGACGUGUGGCUCUUCACACAGGCGUGCUUCGCCCUAAACAAGGGUCUCAACCUGUACGCCUUCACAUUCCUGACGCUGAUUAGGUUUUUCCACCCAGAGUGUCUGAUGGCUUGGAGUCGCCUGAACAUCCUGGUGCGUACAGGGUUUGGUGUAGUGCUGGCGACGCUGGUGGUGGCCGGUGCACUGCAGGUGGCUGAGGAGCACGACACCCUGUAUGGCACCCACAGCACAGCACAAGGCACACUGCAGCCCAUCCGCUCAUUCUGGAGCUACGAGUACUGGACAGUUGUGACCGUGUCCACUGUUGGCUACGGAGAGAUAACACCCUCCACCAGCGCUGGUAAGGUGGUGGCAACCAUCGCUGUGGUGGCGGGUGUUGUGUGGUAUGUUGCAGUCGCUGGUAGGAUGAGUGUUGCAAUGAAGGAGUAUUUCCGCGAGGCCCGCUAUCCGCCGCCAGAGUCGAGCCGUCCACGCAUCAUUGUGCUGAGCGAGAGUGAUCCCAAAAACCUGACCCGUCUGCUGAGGGCUGUCAGCAGAGAUAAUGGCAGUGAUGUGGAGGUGAUUGUGUUGACGUCUGCUGAGUUGACACCCUGUUACCUCCAGCUCACCGGUCUGCUGCCCAUUAAAGUGGUAUCGUGCACUGACCUACAGCAGGACCUGACCAACCUACUACCUGGAACAGAUAACAAACGGUACAGCAAUGCACGCCAGCAUGAUGCUGUCGUCCUCUUCAGUGAUCAUGAGGCAGAGAAUCCUGAGACAGAGGACGCUCGUAUGCUCCAGCUACUGGUGCAGGCAAGAGCAUGUGUCCCUGGCAGACGAUUUAUUGUGCAGGUGCUUCUAAGUUGCAGCCGCCGUGCUGUGCAGCAAACACCUUGCUGGUCUGCACGAGACGUAGUUGUAUGUAUGGAAGAACUGACUGUUGAUUUACUGGCACAGGCUGUAGUCUGUUCAGCUGCAGGCCCUGUCAUGUCCAGUUUACUCAAGGCCCCGACUGCCUGCUCCAAGGAGCAAGAUCAACGCCCCAUGCACCUCCGCUUGCAUCAACCUAGUAACUCCACUUCUGAGGCAGAGGACUUUGUGAAGGCCGCUCUUGAGCUGUAUAGAAAACGGGGGGACCUCCUGCUGGGCUGGCUCUUACCUGAGACGCAGGACUUCGACCUUCUGCCUGACGAACUCCCAUUUGGUGUGCAGUGGGUGGUCAUUUCUGCUGACGAUGAGUCCACACAAAUACCUUUACCAACCAUUCUAUCUGAUAUGAGUGGAAACUGUUGCGGUCAUCCCGAGGAGGUGGACGUGGUGGUGCAUGGGGCAGAGCCGGGCCGCAUAGCCUUGGAGGACGCUUUGCAAGAGUUCACCAACGUAAAUUUGUUCUCAGAAGUGGAUUGGCGCUCUGCCUCCACGAUGGUAAUGACUACUGCAGGGAUGGCUCCCAGUUACACGAUAGAAGCCCACUGCCAGCGGAUCAUGGUGAAGCAGCCCGUGAAGAACGCGUCAGAGACCAAACGCAUUCGCUUUGUGACGGAUGUGCAUCCUGGCCAGGGCCAAAGAGCGUGGGAUGAGCGCACUACCUGUGACGUGGUCAGCAAGUCCGUUGUGGUGUGGGCCACUGCUGCUGUCAUCCUGGAUCACACCUUGUACCGCAUUUGGCGAAGGCUGGCGGCAAGCAGCGCUGCAGUGAGUGUGAAGGUACUCCUGGACUGUACCUAUUGGGAGGCCUUCCAGGAGCUACUGUCUGACCGAUUGUUGCCUCUAGCAGUGAAGUCGGACGAUGGGGAUGACUGCUGCAUCACUAAUCCCCCUGCCAUGUUGCGGCUGGCACCAGGGAGCCUGUUAUUGUGCUUCCAGAUCAGCCCUGCUGUUGAAGUCCCCUUGUCGUCGAUCACUCUCUCCCAGGGUACCAGGCACAGCUAGCAAUCCAUCUUCUGAGCCUAUCACUGUUCCGGUGAAGCUGCUUCCUUCCCACCAGGAUCGUCCGUGUCACAGAGCAGGGAACACCGCCUAAGUCUCCUACAUUUCGCCACAACAGGAAGCGUCCGCUCGGUGCAUAGGGAGAGUUUUCCGUUGUGCGGUGGUAUGUCCACUGGGACGGAGACGUUUAUCCUUAUUUAUUUUCUUUCAGUUUCAAGUAAUCCUUAUUGAUAUGCCAGUAGCUGCAGUGUUUUCUCGGUGUGCUGGAUUCCCAGUGAGUGUUGCGCCUCGUCCUCUCUUGCUCAUCACGAGACAGGUGAUCCAUCCUCCCUGCUGAGGACACCCAUCGAGUCCGCCCCCAGGCCUCUUGUAUUAACCCUGCCUGUGCUGUCUCUCUUGCACACACACAUUCUCUACCUCACCUGAUCUAUUCUGUAUACCAACCACUGCAUACAAACCCCCUCUGUCUAUCGUCCUUCCAUCCACCCAUCUAUCCAGUCAUCUCGCACCUAUCUACCUGUAUCACGUGACUACACUCCCAUCAUCCUCACCUGUUUUUCCUCCCGUGCUCACGUGGACGGAGUGUUGUCGGGUCAUUGAAGUAAUGGACUCUCUAAUGGGGAACAGGGAACAUGGAGAGCCGCCCCCCUGACCUUUCUCUCCAUCUCCCCUCCGUCCCUUAUCUCUUAUUCCUCUCUCUCCCCCUCUCCCCCCUCAUCCCCCUCUCCCUCUCUCUCUCUCUCUCAAAGGCCACUGGGGGUGUUUAGAAAACGUAAGAGGGGAAGUCUAGACAGAUAUGUAAAGCGCAGGGGAUAUUUUUAUUUAUUUAUUUAUUUUUUUAUGGAAAGAGGUGCUUUUAUGUUUUAAUGAUUUUUGUUGUGUUUUUAUUUUCCUUUAUUUAUUGAAUAUUUUGUUGAUGGGAUGCAUUUGUUUCUUAUUAGCUUUGUUGUUUGUUUCCAUGUUUACCUUUCUUUAUAUAUAAAUGUACAUGCUUAAAAAAAUAAAGGUGUCAUUGUA